GAGGAACAAAAUAUGCAAUGAAAAGAAAAUGGAAAGAUACGAUGAACAUAUAAUGGGAGAAGUGCAAUGGAGAAUCGAAAAUUAAAAUAUGAAAAAUGAAAAGUAGGAAGAUGCAUUGAGCAUAAAUGGGAGAAGCGUAAAUUGUAAAAGGAUAAGCUAUUAGAGAAAUCUAAUACAAAUCGCACCUGCACCACAACACAACAGUUUCCGGCCUCAGGUGACUCCCUCACGGCACGAGACAGGUUCAUCGCACAGUAACGUGAUGACGCUUCCCCGCCGCCCCAUCCUCACUGCCAGGGGCGUGAAGGGGAGGACGGGGACGCGGCUCUUGGCCUUCAGUGGUGGGCGGCGUCUCUCGGCCUGAGGCUCACCUGACGUCACCAUGGCGGCGGCACAUCCCAGUAUAUAAGGCGACGCGUCCCCCUCAGUCUUUAGAUCUCAUCACCCACAUUCGCCAUGGCUCUCAAGGUUGUCCUGCUGUCAGCCCUCGCGGCCGUCACCCUUGCCCGCCCCGACAUCCCUCCACCCUCUUAUGGCGCUCCCGCUCCCUCCUACCACGCUCCGGCACCCUCCUACCACGCUCCUGCCCCUGAGGCGCCGCCCAAGUACGACUACAACUACGCCGUCAAGGACGAGUACUCUGGCAACGACUUCGGUGCUCAGGAGGCGCGCGACGGCUACGACACCCAGGGAUCUUACUACGUGCAGCUGCCCGACAGCCGCCUGCAGAAGGUCACCUACACCGUCAACGGCGACUCUGGCUUCGUGGCCGAGGUGACCUACGAGGGCGAGGCCCAGUACCCCCAGGAGAGCUACGCCCCCGCCCCGAAGCCCUCCUACGUCCCCGCCCCAGCAUACCAGUGAUGCCCCUCGCCUUGCCUGACACUCCUGCUCUGCCAUGAUUAUUUAUUAAACUGAACACCAUCUUAA